AUGGAUGAAGAUGAAGAAAUUCUCCUCAACAAGCUGAAAGGACUGGUUACAAAUAUCAAAUGGAGCCCAAAGGAGGUCGCUGACUUGUUUGAUGCCCUUUUGAAGAGAUUUGAGUCAUCAGUAAAUGACAAAUCACAUCUCCUCACAUGGAUGGUAAAAAUGUUGCACUGCAUAGAGAUUCACUUUAUUACUUCAGACUGGAAUAAUGAAGAUGGAAAAACACUUCUGGAACUAGUCAAAGACAAAACUGUAGCAGAUGAAACCUUGAAGGAAUAUUUAGCCAAUGACAGAGAGAAGACUCUGGACAAAAUCAUUGAUGAAAUCCGCCAAGAAAAGUUGAACCAGGUUGAUGAAAAGCUUUUAAAUGAUAUCAAAGAUAUUGUAUCAACAGUUCAUGAAGGGCGUGAUAUUCCUGAGGACGGCUCACAGAAGAGUGAACUGAAAACCAUCUUAAAGGAUCUCUGUUUGGCAGUGGAAAAAACAAAAAUUAAAGAUACCAAAAAGCCAUUUCGGCCACGACUGACACAGAUGGUGAGCUGGUGUCUGAUGGCUCUUUCAGAAACAGGGCGAUUGAUUCAGGUUGGCACAGGAGAAGGGAAGACCUGCAUCGUGGCCAUGUUUGCAGCUUUUCGAGCUCUGAGAGGAGAAAAAGUCGACAUCGUGUCAAGUUCAUCAGUUCUUGCAGAGAGAGAUUGUAAAGAAUGGAAAGGAUUUUAUAAAGAGUUGAAUAUCACUUCAAAUUAUAACUGCAAAAGAACAGGAAAUGAAUUAAAAAAGUGCUAUGAGUGUCAAGUUGUUUAUGGCACUGCAGAAGACUUUGUUGGUGACUGGCUUCUGCACCACUUCCAUAGGUUGGACAUAUUAGGGCAGAGGAAAUUCCAGUGUGCAGUAGUGGAUGAAGUGGAUUCCCUGAUGCUAGACAAGGGUCAUCAUGUAGUCUAUUUAAGCAGUAACAUGCCUGCUUUACAGCAUCUCAACCCACUCUUGGCAUGUAUAUGGGCCACUGCUAAUCAGUACAAUAAAACUGGCAUAGAUACAACUGUAGGACCAAAAUAUCCUUUUUAUCAAGUGCUGGAAAACAUGAUGGACAAAGAUGGUGACGAGUCCAUCAUUCGUCAGAUAGCAGAGGACACAGGUAUACUGUCAAAGGGAUCAGUCAAGGACCUGAAAAAGAACCCGAGUCUCUUAAAUGAAAUGACUAAAAGUGUGACUGCUGACCAGCUGGCUGAGUUCUUCAAAGCAGUGGAAAGGAAAUUUCCAUCUUCCCAGUUUGCUCUCCACCUCAUAAACAGCAAUGGUGAAAUAGACAAACUCAACAAAGAACAGCAGAGUGAAAAAGGGGAAACAAAAAGAGUGUCACUGCUUUUACUUGACGGUGGCUUCUGUCAGUACAUGUACUCUGAUCACAAAAGUGUGGUGAGAGCUGUAGAAGAGGAAGUAAGGAGUUCAAUUUAUUUUACACCAUGUGAACUGAACCAAGCUAAAAGCAGCUGCUACAUCCCAGGCUUCUUCUCAGGGCUGGUCAAAUCUAAACUAAAAGUCUGGAUUGAAAAUGCAUUUAAAGCUCAAGUCAUGACAGAGGACCAUGAAUAUGUGAUGGAGAAACAUGGAAUUGUGCCUGUGGACUACAGCUGCACAGGGGUUGUUGAACACAACAUGAAGUGGACUGAUGGACUUCAACAGUUUAUUGAAAUGAAACACGAGUCAAAGAUUAGUGACAUGACAGCCAUCACAAACUACAUGUCUAAUGUGGGAUUGCUUCAAAAGUAUAAAAACCAGUUUGGAAGUCAGAUCUAUGGGAUGUCUGGAACUCUUGGUCAAAAAAAAGAGACUGAGACUUUGCAAAAUAUUUAUGAUGGUAUCAAAACCUUUCAGAUACCUGCAUUCAAAUGUAGAAAGCUGUUUGAGGUUGAAGGUGUUGUUGUCGGGGAUGAAGAAGACUGGAUUGAAAAACUCUGUGAUGUUGUCAUUGCACAAACCAGACCUACAUCAUACAGGGAUCCUAGAGCUGUGCUCAUCAUCUGUGAGACCAUCAAACGAGCAAAGAUGAUCCAUCGCAGUCUAGGAAAUAGAGUCCAGAACAAAAAACUUUAUGUAAACAACAAUAUGGACAACAGUCUGGUCAUUUCUAAGGAGCUUGAAGCAGGAAGAGUCAUCAUAGCAACAAACCUCGCUGGCCGUGGAACAGACCUUCAAGUUUCUGACACAGUAAAGGAAGCUGGAGGUUUGUUUGUUGUGCAGACCUUCCUGCCCAAGAAUGCUCGUGUAGAGGCGCAGGCAUUCGGCCGAACUGCCAGACAAGGAUCUCCAGGAUCUGCUCAGCUCAUUAUCUGUUUGAGUCAUCUGGCAGAAUCCCUUCAAUUACUGCUUUCAACAAGGAAACUUUAUUCUUUAUAUAGAAAUCUAACAGAUGUAACUCCGCUUAAACAACAUCUGUUUGCAAUGCAGUUAAGGUCAUAUCAGCAAAGGAACAGUAAUAAAGCAUCUGCAGAAAUGUCUUCAACACUGAAGGAUACUUUGACUAAAAAGUCACAGACGGAAAUAAACAUAGUUAAAGAGUUCAGAGAGAGCUCAGUGGCUAAUGAACUAUCAAGCUACUUGGAGUCUCAGAUUCUAUUCAUGAAGAAGAAGGAAGAGCUCUUCAAUGAUUAUCUGGAUGUACUAUAUGUCAUGUACAAAACUUGCAACAACAAGCCAGAAGCUUCAGAUUUGUCUGCUCUGAAUGAGUUUUGGGGUAUGUGGCUACUCACAAGCUUCAGUGCAAAAGACUCUACUGAAGAGUUGAAAAGUAGACUGAAAACUGAUCUGGACACAGCAAGGCAGAAACUCAGACAGAGAGAAUCACCAUCAAUAAACCUCUACCACUACAUUAGCUUUGGUAAUGACCUGCGUGAAAACAGGAAGUUUACAGAGAGCAUCAACAUGUACACUAAAGCCAUUCAGAGGGAUCACUGUUGGGGAGCUAUUGCAUAUUACAACCGUGCUUUUACAUCUUUGAAGCAGCAAGACAGACGUCAGAGUUCAGACUGUAUCAAUCGAGCUCUAGAAGAUUUGCAAAAUGCACUCAAGUCUGUUCAGCUUCACUGUGAUCAACUUGAAGUCACUCAUAGGUUUUGAAAACAGCACAUUAACAAAGACAAUGGAGAUUCACUCACAAGACUUGAUGAACAAUUCAUGGCCAGAUACAGAGUGUUGGUGUCAUUUAAGGAACACGUUACAGAAGCCAUAAAGAAAGUGGUAAAGGCCAGAGAUGUGGGUGGGAAAAUAAAAGUGGAAAAGACCACAGUCUAUGCACUGGUUUCAUUGGUGCACUCUGUGCCAUUGAAGAUGUUUUCAAUGGAAUCACUGCGUGCACUCCUCUCUAGAGACCCUCUGAAGUGCCUCCAACUCAUCAGCAACCCCUCCUUUGAUAUUCCAAAUGAGCUUAAGUCUCUUAAAUCUCUGGGCCUGACUCACAUCUAUACCUUAGACACACUGUUUACAGUGGUAGGCUUUAUCUCAAAGAUUGGUAGAUCCAUAAUGUCAUUCCUUAAAUUUGUUCGGUUCCAUGGCAGGUAA